CAUCAUAUUGAUAUGAAAAUGAAUGCAGUAGUUAUUUUAUAUUUAAGUGCUAUAACUGUGUCAGCUAAAAAGAUCCCACCAUAUGCCCUGAGGGAAGGAAUACAGCAUUUUGAUGAUUUCAUGGAAGCCCAUAACAAAGUAUAUUCAAAUGACGAAGAGAAAGCAAUUAGGUAUCGCAUAUUCCUGCAGAAUUUGGAAGAGAUCAAUGUUUUAAAUGAACAAAAUGAACAUGCUCAGUUUGGUAUAAACGAAUUCUCUGAUAUGACCCUUGAUGAAUUCCUAAGAAGCCGCACGUGUUUUAAAUUCCCCAAGGAAGAAUUAACCAAUUGUAGAAGGGUAACUCGCGAGUCCUUAGGCAAAUAUGAAGUCUUAGGGACUCCAGCAGAACUUGACUGGCGUGCCAAGAACGUGGUGACAAGAGUCAAAGAUCAACAAAAUUGCGGAUCUUGUUGGGCUUUUAGUGCUGUUGCCAACGUAGAGAGUAUAAACGCAAUCAAAACUGGUCAACUGGUAGAGCUAUCGGAGCAGCAAGUGGUGGAUUGUGAUAAAAAGGAUCACGGUUGCUCUGGAGGUUACCCAGAACAAGCUAUACAGUACUUAGUGGAACAGGGGGCAAUGUCAUCGACCAGUUAUCCUUAUGUAGAAAGAGAGGAAGCCUGCAGAUAUGACGCGGAAAAAGUGGCCGUUAACGUGACAGGAUGCUUUGAGAUCCAAGGCACAGAGGACGAUAUAGCUGAGCAACUGGCGACAAUUGGACCACUGUCUAUCGCUAUCGAUGCCACAUAUUUGAAACAAUACCACGGUGGAGUGUUGAAUGGACCCAGCUGCCGACACGAUAAUCUCAACCACGCUGUCCUUCUUGUUGGAUAUGGAAUCGAUACAGAAAGCGGAUUACCGUACUGGCUGGUGAAAAACUCUUGGGGCAAGAAGAGUGGCGGAGUUGAAGGUUACUUCAAGAUGCAGAGGGGUGUGAACUGUCUGAAUUUCAAUUCCCGCCCACAAUACUCUGCUGUUAUUGGUUAAUACCUCAAUCCUGUUACUCAAAAGUUGCAGGUUGCAACCAAAAAAAAUUUGGCCAAAUUAUGUUUGACUAAAUCAUUAAAUGGGUGUUCUUUGUACAUGAUUCAGUAAAAAACUCUUGAUAGAAAAAAAUUACAGU